UAAUGAAAUUUCUUUUGCAACUCUUCUUCCAAUCAGAAUAAAGAAUUAGAUAAAGAAGCAAUUUUUAAAGUACAUUUAAAUUAAACAUAGAUUGUUCAAAAUCAAACGAAAUAUCCGAUCGCCAAUUAACGCGAAUAAUUAUUCGCGCAGUAGAUUUCGCGUGUAAUAGAUAGCGCCCGCUCCGAGACCGCGCGGAACGCUUCGCUGCGAAUUCGAAUCUCAGCCGACUCGGAAAAAUAACAAACACGAGCGACCGCUCACUUUCGAAAAAAUUCUCUGCUUUCUUUGAUUCAACUCAAAACUAAUUUUUCAUCGUUCGAGAAUCUUCUCGAAGGACGGUAUAAAACCAAGCACUCGAUGCCGUGUCCAUCACUUCAAGUUUUCCGCCAGUCUAAAACCGCGCUGUACGAGAAACAACGAGUAAUAGAUUUUCGCUUUUUUCGAUUUUAAUAGUCUUCAUCGCACUGAAUCGACUAUUCUCGGUACUUGCAAGGCAGUGGCCUGCUUGCAUAGCAUUUGUUCGCCGCUUUCCUUCUUUUGCAAAUUACAUUUUUUUUGUACUCUUUUGUGUGUGGAGCAAAAAUAGUCAAGUAAUUCUUUGUCUUCUCUUCCACCUUUUGAUUAAACUACCCGGAUCACAGAUUGCGCCUCUUUAAUUUUGUGAAGGACAAUAAACACCACCAUAAAGAUGAUUAAAUUAGAAAUGCCUUCAUUUAAAGAAAUAUUAAAAGAUACUGGAGGAAACGAACAACUUCUAGAAGAGCUACUGAUUAAACUUCGACUAUGGUUGAAGCAGCAAAUUCAUCUUCCUGAAGAUAUCUCUGAAAAACGAUUAAAGUUCUACAUUUACAAUGCAAAAUUUAAUUUAGAAAAAGUUAAGAAACGCUUGGAUUUGCAUUAUACUCUUCGUAAUCUAAUUCCGGAGGUUUUCACAACUCGUGACCCAUUGGCCGAGUGUGUGUUUAAAGUAAAUACAUAUAUACAAUUUGUAACCCUACCAAUAUUAACACCAGAAAAUUAUAGAAUAACUAUAAUGCGGUGGUUACAUUCCGACAGUUCUGUAUUUGAUCUAUAUGAUCUUAUAAAAUAUUCAUCCAUGAUAAUGGAGACACGUAUAGAGGAAGAUAUUGUUAAUUCCGAUGUUAUAAUUUACGAUUGUACCAAUUUGACUUUCGGUCAUGUAUUGAAGUAUACACCAGUUGCAGUAAAAAAACUCGACAUUCUUUUGGAAUCAUAUGGUUCAAGAAUGAAAGCAAUUUAUGUGAUAAAUACACCAAGUUUUUUUGAUGUCUUAUUGACAGUAGUUAAAUCAGUAAUGAAGGCAAAACUUUUUAACCGAAUACAUCUUUAUACAUCCGGAAUAGAAUCAAUAUAUGGGAUUAUACCAAGAUCUCUUUUACCAGUAGAAUAUGGCGGUGAACAACCAUCACUGAAUAUUUUAUCAGAUAUGUGGAAAGCAAAAUUGAUAGAACGAAGAGAAUGGUUCCUGAAGGAAGAAAAAGUUAAAGUUAACGAAUCUCUCCGAUCAAAUUCUGUAAUAAACCCGGACGAUCUAUUCGGAGUUUCUGGAACAUUUCGAAAAUUAGACAUUGAUUAACGUGAAUGUUAUUUUAAAGAUAUAGAUAAUAAGAUUUAUGUUAUCGGAUAUAUACAUACAGAUAUAUGCACACAUUAUAAAUAGUUA